AUGAAUCUCACCAUCUUCACGGCCGUCUUCAUGGUAUUGGUCUCAUUUAAUCAAGCAUUAGGUGCCUUGAUUCACAAUAUUCCAAGCAAAAAGGGGAUCAUACCAGCUGAAGAUGCUUUGGCUACCCCUGGUGCUGUAACUGAAGCUAAACAAGAUCUUGAAAUGUAUUGUCCAGUAUGUAACAGACUCUGGACUGAUGUAGAAUGCCCUAUAGGUCAUGGGGCUCAAUAA